AUGAUUGUUCCUGAAUGCACUAUCUCUUGGACAUCCUUGCAGAAGUUAUCAUUGACUUGUUGUAGUAUCUCUACUGGAUCCAUGGCUAAGAUUCUAUCCGGUUGUCCGGUUCUUGAGAACUUAACCUUGGAUUACUGGGAUGAACUAAAUGUUCUUGAUCUCAGCAAAUCCCUACGUCUGAGAACAUUAGAACAAAGCAACGAGUGGUCUCCGGUGCGAAGGCAGAUUGUGGCACCACAUAUCCAUUGUCUCAGUUUGUAUGACUCAGAGUUAUCAUGUACUUUGGUUGAUGUCUCUUCUUUGGCCGAAGCUAAUCUGGAAAUUUCUUAUGUCCAAGACUGCAACAGCUACAUUACUUUUCUCCAAGCAAAGGGGCUAAAGAUGCUAAAGAAGUUACAUAAUGUAGAGAAGCUUACGUUUGGGGGAAAUUUUAUUCAGCUUUUAUCUCUUGCUGAGAUUCGUGGUCUUGUCCCGAUACACUGUGGUGGUGUUCCUUUCCCGAUACUCAAAGUCAAAGCAUUGACUCUUGAUAUAAAGAUGUGUCAGUAUGUUAUUCCUGGCAUAGAAAGACUGUUACAAAUCUCACCUGAUUUAGAGACGCUAACAGUACGUGGAAGGACUAACUUCCAAGUACCGGAGGAGUUUGCUGGCAACUACUUGAAAUCACAAGGCUUUAACGUGAGCAAAUGCUGGAGAUCAAAAGAUGGAGCCUCUUGGAACAAGUAUUGUGAGGAUUUGAAAGCUGAGCAUGUGUCUUCAUUAGUGGAACUUGUGCUUAAAAACACAGAGAAACUAAACAAGAUGGUCGUAUUGUUGGAUGAACGUUACCUUAAUUUUAAAAUUGAAGACGUGGUGAUUCCAACACUUCGUAACAACAAAAAUGUCAGCGUUGUGCUCUCCAAUACCAAGUUGAUGGCAUUAGAGAAGUGGUGA